AUGGCAAAGACAUCAGUCACAUUAUUUUUAUGCUUAUUAUUGUUGACAAGCCAUUGUAGACCAAAAGAUUUCGUUGUUAAUCCUCAACAAUAUAAAGAAUAAAGAAAAAAGUUGUGAUAAUUGUUCUAUUCUAGCAAUUUGCGAUCUAAUACUAAAAAUGACAGCCUUUUGUAAAUUGAUUAAUACAAGCGAAGUUUUUUAAUUUCAGAGAACAUCCUUAGCAUAAAUGAAUAAUAGAUAAAAUUUUCAAAUGAAAAAUAAGUUGCUAACUAAGAGUCUAAAUAAAAAUUAUAAAAUAAAGAAGAAAAUAUUGAUAGUAGAAAAUAGUAGUUUAAUAAAGAAUUAAACAAUUAGUAGGAUUAAACAUAACCAUAAGCAAGAAAUAAUAAAAUUGUUUAAACUAAAUAAUAAUAAUCAAUUUCUAACUAUGAAAAUCAAAGUUUAAAGCAUGAUAAAAUUGACAGUGAAAAUUUGGAUAUGAGGCAAUAAGAGAGGCAUAAUGAUGUAAAGAAAAUAAACAAAAGCUAUGCUAUGUAAGAUUAGUAAGACGGAGAAUUAGAUGAGAAUCCUAUUGAAUCUUAAGAUUAAAGGUAGGGGGAAGAAACGAAAGAUGAGCCUCCUGCGGAAGAAAAUAAAGAAGAACCUCCAGCAGAAGAAACGAAAGAAGAGCCACCAGCUGAAGAAAAUAAAGAAUAGCCACCAGCUGAAGAAACGAAAGAAGAACCUCCAGCAGAAGAAACGAAAGAAGAGCCACCAGCUGAAGAAAAUAAAGAAGAACCACCAGCUGAAGAAACAAAGGAAGAGCCUCCUGCUGAAGAAAAUAAAGAAGAGCCACCGGCUGAAGAAACGAAAGAAGAGCCACCAGCUGAAGAAACCAAAGAAUAACCACCAGCUGAAGAAACGAAAGAAGAGCCACCUGCUGAGGAAACAAAAGAAGAGCCUCCUGCUGAAGAAAAUAAAGAAGAACCACCAGCUGAAGAAACCAAAGAAGAACCACAAGCUGAAGAAACCAAAGAAGAACCACCAGCUGAAGAAACCAAAGAAUAACCACCAGCUGAAGAAACCAAAGAAGAACCACCAGCUGAAGAAACCAAAGAAGAACCACCAGCUGAAGAAACGAAAGAAGAGCCACCUGCUGAGGAAACAAAAGAAGAACCACCAGAGGAAGAAAAUAAAGAAGAACCACCAGCUGAAGAAACGAAAGAAGAGCCACCAGCUGAAGAAACAAAAGAAGACCCACCAGCUGAAGAACAAACUAAACCAGAAGAGGAGGCAAAACCUGAAGAAGAAACUAAACCAGAAGAGGGGGCUAAACCUGAAGAAGAAACUAAACCAGAAGAAGAGGCAAAACCUGAAGAGGAGGCUAAACCAGAAGAAGAAACUAAACCUGAAGAAGAAACAAAACCUGAAGAGGAGGCUAAACCAGAAGAAGAAACUAAACCUGAAGAAGAAACCAAACCAGAAGAAGAGGCUAAACCAGAAGAGGAAGUUAAACCAGAAGAAGAAGCUAAACCUGAAGAGGAGGCUAAACCUGAAGAAGAGGCUAAACCAGAAGAAGAAACUAAACCUGAAGAAGAAACCAAACCAGAAGAAGAGGCUAAACCAGAAGAGGAAGUUAAACCAGAAGAAGAAGCUAAACCUGAAGAGGAGGCUAAACCUGAAGAAGAGGCUAAACCAGAAGAAGAAACUAAACCUGAAGAAGAAACCAAACCAGAAGAAGAGGCUAAACCAGAAGAGGAAGUUAAACCAGAAGAAGAAGCUAAACCUGAAGAGGAGGCUAAACCUGAAGAAGAGGCUAAACCAGAAGAAGAAACUAAACCUGAAGAAGAAACCAAACCAGAAGAAGAGGCUAAACCAGAAGAGGAAGUUAAACCAGAAGAAGAAGCUAAACCUGAAGAGGAGGCUAAACCUGAAGAAGAGGCUAAACCAGAAGAAGAAACUAAACCUGAAGAAGAAACCAAACCAGAAGAAGAGGCUAAACCAGAAGAGGAAGUUAAACCAGAAGAAGAAGCUAAACCUGAAGAGGAGGCUAAACCUGAAGAAGAGGCUAAACCAGAAGAAGAAACUAAACCUGAAGAAGAAACCAAACCAGAAGAAGAGGCUAAACCAGAAGAGGAAGUUAAACCAGAAGAAGAAGCUAAACCUGAAGAGGAGGCUAAACCUGAAGAAGAGGCUAAACCAGAAGAAGAAACUAAACCUGAAGAAGAAACCAAACCAGAAGAAGAGGCUAAACCAGAAGAGGAAGUUAAACCAGAAGAAGAAGCUAAACCUGAAGAGGAGGCUAAACCUGAAGAAGAGGCUAAACCAGAAGAAGAAACUAAACCUGAAGAAGAAACCAAACCAGAAGAAGAGGCUAAACCAGAAGAGGAAGUUAAACCAGAAGAAGAAGCUAAACCUGAAGAGGAGGCUAAACCUGAAGAAGAGGCUAAACCAGAAGAAGAAACUAAACCUGAAGAAGAAACCAAACCAGAAGAAGAGGCUAAACCAGAAGAGGAAGUUAAACCAGAAGAAGAAGCUAAACCUGAAGAGGAGGCUAAACCUGAAGAAGAAACUAAACCAGAAGAAGAGGCAAAACCAGAAGAAGAAGUUAAACCAGAAGAGGAGACUACACCUGAAGAGGAAGAAACAAAGCCUGAAGAAGAAACUAAACCAGAAGAAGAAACAAAACCUGAAGAAGAGGCUAAGCCUGAAGAAGAAACUAAACCAGAAGAAGAAACAAAACCUGAAGAGGAGGCUAAACCAGAAGAAGAAACUAAACCAGAAGAGGAAGAAACUGAACCUCAAGAAUCUAAACCAGAGGAAGAUGAAACUAAACCUGAAGAAGCAGAAAAGUCAGAAGAAGAAGCUAAGCCUGAAGAAGAACCUUAACAAGAUGAUGAUAAACACGACGAAGAAGUUGAUUAAGAGGAAAAAUAAAGUGAACCUGCUUCUGAAAAUGAGUAAGAGAGUGAGCCACCAUCGGAUGAUGAUAUUGAAAGUGAACCUGGUUCAGAUGAGGAUAAAGAUAAUUAAGACAACAAGGAUGACGAUAAUGUUGAUGAUUAAGAUAAAGAUGAUCUUGCAUAAGAUGAUGCUUCUGAUAAAUCUGAUGAAAAGCCGACUGAUGGUAAACAAUCAGAUGAUAAAAAUGAGAAGGAAGAUGAAGACGAUGACGAUGAUUUUGCUUAAUUAGCUUUAGCUCCAGAAAUUGAGUAAGCAAAACAAUAAGAAAAUGCUAAAGAAGGAGAUAAGAAAAUAUCAGAAUAUGGGUACUAAUUAGGAAUGUGGGUGGCAACCAUAUUCUAUUUGGCUUUAUGA